GCGGCGGCGUGAAAGAGCCAUGUCGCUCCUCUCGCUGGCGCUGCCUGCGAUACGAAUCUAUUGGAUCGGCUUCCGCGUCGUGUUGCACCAGCUGCUCCGCCGCCUCCUCCGACCAGGCUGGCCUUUGAAGCCAGGUGCUCAUUAAUGAGUGAAGAACCAAAAGGUUGGGACUGUGGCCAAGAAGCAAUGGAGAAUAAAAGUUUGGAAACUUCCCCGUCAGACCUAAAGUUAGUGGCCCACCCAAGAGCAAAGAGCAAAGUUUGGAAGUACUUUGGCUUUGAUACCAAUGCGGAAGGAUGUAUAAUGCAGUGGAAGAAAAUCUACUGCCGCAUUUGCAUGGCACAGAUAGCCUAUUCAGGAAACACGUCCAACCUCUCUUACCACCUUGAAAAGAAUCAUCCAGAUGAGUUUUGCGAGUUUGUGAAAAGCAACACGGAGCAAAUGAGGGAGGCCUUUGCCACGGCGUUUUCAAAACUGAAGCCAGAAUCGUCUCAGCAGGUUGUUCAGGACACCUUAAUUAUGAAGGCAGGUCACAGUUACGAGAAUAAAAAGCACCAAGAGCUAACAUUGGCAGUGAUUAGCUUAAUAUGUGAGGGGUUAUAUCCUCCUUCCAUUGUAGAUGAGCCGACCUUCAAGAACCUUUUAAGAACGGCCGACCCCAGAUAUGAACUUCCUUGUAGAAAGUAUUUCUGCACAAAAGCGAUUCCUGAAAAAUAUAUGGCUGUUAGGGAUGUUGUGCUAAAAGAACUGACUGAUAUCCCAUGGUGCGGCAUAUCCUCUGACAUGUGGAGAAGUGGGAACCAGAACAGAUCCUACGUAACACUGUCAGUUCAUUUUCUCAGCAAUGGCGCUUCCAGCUGCCUGGCUAUUAAUUCCCGGUGUUUAAAAACAUUUGAAGUGCCCGAGGAAAACACCGCAGAGACUAUUACGCGAGUACUUUAUGAGAUAUUCAUUGAAUGGGGGAUCAGUACAAAAGUUUUUGGUGCUACAACAGAUUAUGGGAAAGACAUUGUGAAAGCUUGCUCUCUUCUCGACAUUCCAGUGCAGAUGCCUUGCUUAGGGCAAACUUUUAAUGCAGGUAUACAGCAAGCUUUUCAGCUUCCUAAGCUGUGUGGUUUCCUGUCGAGGUGUCGGAAGCUGGUGGAAUAUUUUCAGCAGUCUUCCGUAGCCAUGUGCAUGUUGAGCGAGAAGCAAAAGCAGCAGAACACUCCACCCUGCAUGCUUGUGAGCGACCGUGUUUCCUGGUGGGGAAGCACCCUUGCCAUGCUGCAGCGACUCAAGGAGCAGCAGUUCGUAAUUGCCGCAGUUCUUGUGGAGGACAGCAAUAAUCACCACCUGAUGUUGGAAGCCAGUGAGUGGAAUACAAUUGAAGGCUUGGUGGACUUGCUCCAGCCAUUCAAGCAGGUUGCCGAAAUGAUGUCUGCUUCUAAAUACCCAACAAUAAGUAUGGUGAAGCCUCUCCUUCACAUGCUGCUGAACACAACACUAAACAUCAAAGAAAAUGACUUGAAAGAAAUCAGUAUGGCAAAGGAAGUGAUAGCCAAAGAAUUGUCCACAACAUACCAGCAUGCGCCCGAUAUAGACAUGUUUCUCAACGUUGCAACUUUCCUGGACCCCAGGUACAAGAAACUUCCAUUUCUUUCAGCAUUUGAGAGACUGCAGGUUGAAAACAGAGUGGUAGAGGACGCAAAAAGUCUCCUAGAGGAAGUAAAGGAGAACACAUUGAGGCCUGAAGAAAAGUUUUUUGCAUUGUCUGAAGAGCCACCAGUGAAAAAAAUGGUAAUUUCCUCUACCCCUCCUCCCACUAGUGCCAUCAAUAACAUGCUUGCAGAGAUAUUUUGCCAGACAGGGGGUGCUGAAGACCAAGAGGAGUGGCAUGCUCAGAUUAUUGAGGAGCUGAGUAAUUUCAAAUCGCAGAAAGUUCUUGGACUAAAUGAAGAUCCACUCAAGUGGUGGUCUGACAGGCUAGCUUUAUUUCCUGUUUUGCCAAAGGUACUUCAGAAAUACUGGUGUAUUGUGGCCACAAGGGUUUUCCCCGAACGUCUCUUUGGUUCCUCUGCAAACAUGGUUAGUGCUAAGAGAAAUCUGUUAGCCCCGGCCCAUGUAGACGAACAAAUCUUUUUGUAUGAGAACUCUCGAGUUUUUCCUCUUCAAAAUGGGAAUGUUGCCAUAGUGACCGGAGGCACUAGAGGAAUUGGUUACCAUACUGUGAAGUAUUUGGCAAGACUUGGCAUGCACAUCAUAAUAGCUGGAAACAAGGAAAAAGAAGGCCAAGAAACUGUGAUGAAAAUAAAAGAAGAAGCUUUAAAUGCAAAAGUGGAGUUUUUAUACUGUGAUUUGGCUUCCAUGAAGUCCAUACAACAAUUUGUUCAAGCAUUUAAAGCAAAGAAUUACCCACUUCAUGUCCUGAUCAAUAAUGCUGCAGUGAUGCUGGUGCCUGAAAGGAAAACAGAGGAUGGGUUUGAGGAACACUUUGGUAUUAACUACAUGGGACACUUCUUGUUGACUAACCUUCUCUUGGAAACACUGAAGCAAUCAGGAACCCACAGCCACAAUGCUCGAAUUGUCACUCUCUCAUCAGCUACCCAUUAUGUAGCAGAAUUACGUCUUAACGAUCUGCAAAGCAGUUGCUUGUAUUCACCCCACGGAGCCUACGCCCAAAGCAAACUUGCCCUUGUUCUGUUUGCCUACCGACUACAACAUCUCUUGACAGCAGAAGGGAGCCACGUGACUGUUAACGUUGUAGAUCCCGGAGUAGUGAAUACCGAUCUCUACCAAAAUGUCUGCUGGGCAGCGAAAAUGGUCAAGUGGAUGACAGGCUGGCUUCUCUUAAAGAGCCCAGAAGAGGGUGCGUCCACAUCAAUCUAUGCAGCAGUUUCACCAGAGUUGGAAGGCGUUGGCGCCUGCUAUCUUUGCAAUGAGCAAAGGACAAAUUCUGUGGAUGUCUCCUAUGAUGAGGAGUUGCAGAAAAGACUCUGGACAGAAAGUUGCAGACUUGUUGGGAUCCCUGAUACAGCACCGUAGGAAGGCUUGGAAAAUAGCCACAGCUUGCUGUGUGAAUGCAAUGCGUCCCACCGGCCUCUGUCGUGCGGCAUCACUCCAUACUUCCGGAAUUCACUGUUCAGUCACGCCGGCAAAUAAGAACUCUGUUUGAGCUACCAGACUGCUAUUGGUGGUGGCGGGUGGUGGUGAUGGGCAAGAGGUCCCCAUCCAGAAUUGUGUGUACGGUGGUUUUUGAACUUGACCAUCCAUUUUGUAAUCAUGAUGUUUCAGUCUGUGAUUAAAUAUAUAUAUAUAUCUUUAACCUUA